UCGUCUUCUCCCGCUCCGUUACCGGAGAAACCUCGCGACGUCUCUCGUCUCGCACCCGUCCUCGACCAACGCACGCAGCAAGAGAGAGGCUCACCUCGAAGCAGCUGCACCGUCCUCCACUCCAGUCUCCAGCGAAGCUUCCUCGCCGCCACCUCCGACAUGGAGAUGGCGGCGGCCUCCGACGAAACCCUAGCCGCCAUCUUCGCCCAGCUCAAGCCCCACACCGUCACCCUCCUCGACCUCAUCCGCAGCCGCACCCCCGCCUCCAAGUCCGCCGCCGCUUCCUCCCUCCGCGCCAUGGCCUCCUUCCUCCGCUCCGCCCCCACACCGGCCUUGCAGCUCUGCUUCGAUUACACCGUGUUUCCAUUGCUCCUGCUCCUGGAUGCCGCAGUGCAAUGCAGGAAGGAAGCCAAUGCAGCAGCAGGGGAGCUCGACAUCUCUGAUUCCAUUGCCGAAGGUGGUCUUGCGUGCCUAGAGGUGCUCCUUACCAAGUGCUGCCUCACCUCGGUCAAUCAGAUGGUUGCAUUGCUAAAAAAAUUAACUUUCGGGGCAAUGCUUUCACCUUCUGAGGCUUCAGAGGAAUUCCGCCAAGGCAUCAUAAGGUGCUUCAGAGCCAUGAUUCUGCAGCUAUAUCCAUGCUUGGACCCCUCCUGUUCGUGCAAACAAGCAACUGCCUUGCCUACAGCACUAUCUAUUGCAAGCUUGGAAGUUGGCUCCAUGGUUAGUCCAAAGUACUCAACACGGCCAGAAGAGUGCUUGCUUGCAUUUCUCCAGUCCCAAAAUGCUUCAGCUGCUGUGGGGCACUGGCUUUCACUACUUCUCCAGUCAUCAGAACUUGAGGCAUCGAGGGGUCACCGUGGCAGUGCAGAUGUUAGAAAGGAAUCACUGAUUACACUGCGUAUUCUUAUUGCCAAGGUAGGUUCUGCUGAUGCACUUGCCUUUUUCCUUCCUGGACUUGUCAGUCGUCUUGGAAGGGUUCUUUACACAUCUAAGAAUAUGAUAAGUGGUGCUGCUGGAAGUGCUUUGAGCAUCGAACAAGCUGUUCUUGGGUUGACUGAGGCCUUGACGGUAGUCUUAAAUGACAAGGAAAAUUUGAGUGGACUUGAUAUUUCCAGUGAUGAGAAUGUUGUUCACUGUUCUGAUGCCAAUAGUUCUAGUGAACAUGUAUUGCAAAUGCUUCGCCAAUUACCAGCCAAAAAAUCUGAGCAGAUAGGCAGUUGUGAAGCUACAGAAGAUUUGACUGCUGAUGGCAGUAAAACCUCUGCUGAUAGAAGAGAACUGCAUGUUAAACGGACAAAAAAAUGGCUUGAGGAAACAGCUAAUAAUGUUGAUAAAUUACUCUCUGCGACAUUUCCACAUCUUUCUGUUCAUUCAUCUGAGAAAGUAAGGAGGUCGGCGGUUAAUGGUAUAAGAGGGCUUUUGUUUAGCUGCAGUUAUACAUUAAGGAAAAGCAAAAUGUUGCUUGUGGAAUGCUUAUGUGUUCUGGCAUGUGAUGAUGCAGCAGCUGUGUCUGAGGCUGCACAAGAAUCUCUUGAUUACCUUUUCAUGCAGGGCCAGAGAAUUCUAACAGAAGAUGAUGUUUCUGAUAUUUUUAUCAGGUUUGUUGAAAAGUUACCACAAAUGGUACUUGGUAGUGAGGAGACCCUUGCUAUUUCGCAUGCUAGAAGGCUGCUAGCACUAACUUAUUAUGCAGGCCCCCAGUUUUUGGCAAAUUAUCUUCACGGUUCUCCUGUUGUGGCUGCUCGUUUAUUUGACUGUUUGGGUUUAUGUAUCAGUCAAAGUUCACAAUUUUCUGGUUCUAUGGACAAACUAAUUGUAUCAAAACCACUGUCUGUUGGAUAUCUAUUUUCAGUUGGUGAGUUAAAGAGCGGUGCCUACCCUAAAGAUGAAAACUAUGGUUUUCAGCAUGUCAUGACUGCAUCAACAACCAGCAAAAUAUCUGUUAUCCAAGAUAAUGGUUUGCCAAAUACAACACACAGUUCAGUUGAUUACGAUUUGCCCCAUGUGCCUCCAUGGUUUGUUCAUGUGAAUAGUCAGAAGCUUUACUUUGCUCUUGCUGGAAUUGUUAGGCUUGUUGGUUUAUCGGCAGUUUCAGGGGAAGAAACCGAUGCUUCAUUGUCUGUCUUUGUUGAUAUCCUACUUGAUCAGUUCAGGAGGUUGAGCACUGAACUGCGGGACAGUGGGCAGAGGUGGUACAUGAAAAGUGAUGCUGGGCAAAUGCUGCGCCAGGCAAGCUCUGCUGUUUGCAUGCUCAAUGAGCUCAUAUAUGGUCUAUCUGAUCGGUCCCUUGGCAUAUGUUUACAAAUAUUCAACAAGAGCUCAGCACAGGCUAUAGGAGCACCUGGUCAAAAUGGUCAGCUAACUGCUGUGGGCCAACGUAGUGGAGGUACUAACAGAAAUGUUUGGAAGAUAAGCGAGCGAAUGGGUGUGAAAGAGCACACUAUUCAUUGCAUAGGAAGUAUUCUGCAUGAAUAUAUGGCUCCAGAAAUUUGGGAUCUUCCAACAGAAUCGGACUCCGAGCUAUCCCAAACAGAAUUCAAUAUUCCCUUGCACUUCUUUCGUGAUACUGCUGCAUUGCACCAAGUAAUGAUUGAAGGAAUUGGAGUAUUUGGUGUUGUGCUUGGCCAAGAUUUUGCAAGCAGUGGUUUUAUGCACUCUUCACUGUAUCUUCUGCUCCGGAAACUUAUCAGCUCAAGUGUACAGAUAAGAAUUGCUUCAGAUACUGUCUUAAGAGCACUCGCUACCGCUGGAGGUUACUGUUCGGUUGGUCAAUUUGUUGUGGCAAAUGCAGACUACAUUGUUGACUCUCUUUGCAGACAGUUGCGUCAUUUGGAUCUUAAUCCCCAUGUCCCCGAUAUUCUUGCUUCUAUGCUGUGUUAUAUUGGUGCUUCUCAUGACAUUUUACCAUUCCUGGAAGAACCGAUGCGUGCAGUUUCUUCAGAGCUGGAGGUUCUCGGUAGGCUUGAUCACCCACAUUUAACCGUUUCAUUUCUGAAGGCUGUUUCUGAGGUUGCUAAGGCAUCACGACAUGAAUCUGUUAGUUUGCCAGAUGUGGUGGAGUCAUUCUUCUUAAAGGUUAAAACCGAAGGUCAAGCAAUACAAAAUUUGAUAGAGAAGAGAAGGGAUACCUCUGCAAUUUCUGCAGAAAGAAUGAAUGUUGAUGCUCAGCCUGAUUUUCUGGGAUUAGAAUAUUGGGAGGAUUUACUUUGCAAGCUAAAUGAGAUGAGAAGAUACAGGAGAAUAGUAGGAUCUCUUGUUGGCUCUUGUGUAGUAGCUUCCACUCCCCUUCUGUCUUCAACAAAAGAAGCAGCUUGUCUUGUUGCCCUUGACAUUGUAGAGAAUGCAAUUAUAUCUAUAUCCAAGGUUGAGGAAGCCUACAAGUGUGAAAGUCGAUGCAAAGCGGUUAUUGAGGAGACAAUUCAGUUAUUAUCUGUGGAUGAACUUCAUGAUGAUAUGGAUGCUACAGAGGAUGUUGAUGAGAAUAGACUACUCCCAGCUGUGAACAAGCUAUGGCCAUACUUGGUUAUCUGUCUUAGGAAUAAAAUCUCAGUGUCUGUUGUCAGAAAAUGCACCGAGGUAUUAAGUAAAGUCAUUCAGAUAUCUGGAGGUGAUUUUUUUGUACGACGGUUUCAUAAGGAUGGAUCUGUUGUUUGGAGGUUGCUCACCCUGUCUCCAUUUCAACGGAAAAGAAUGGCACUGAUGGAUGAGAAAGCUAUUAUUUUACCAUAUAGGAAUACGUCACUUACAUCCGAGGAGCCUAUGGCUGAGAUAUCCAGCCAAAAGAUUCAGAUUGCAGUCUUGGGCAUGGUUGCUGAAAUAUCUUCCAACAAAAGAAGUGCUAUUGCUCUUGGAAGUGUAUUAAAGAAGGUUUGUGGACUUGUGGUAGGUAUUGCCUAUAGUGGUCUGAUUGGCCUGCGAGAAGCUGCUAUAAGCGCAUUGAAGGGACUUGCCUGUAUUGAUUCUGACCUCAUCUGGCUUCUUUUGGCCGAUGUGUAUUAUUCAUUGAACCAAGUGGAUAUACCUUUGCCCCCUAAACAAGAUCUAAGGGAGCUGUCUGACCUUUUGCCCCCUCCAAUCUCAUCAAGAGAGUAUCUCUUUGUGUUGUACGGAGGUGAGGGUGUUAGAUGUGAUGUCGAUCCUUCAUCUGUACACGAGGUAUUCAAAAGUAUGCAGGAUAUGGUCCUAACAUGAGAUCUGGUAAACCGCAAAGCUCAGUCGUGUUAUGGUUAAUUGUUCAUUUCUUUAUUUUAGAGUACCGCUAUGUCUUUCAGGUUUGUUGAAUUUGCCUCCCUGACUCCCUGUUGUCAGCUUGGUACCUUGCUGAGGUACUUGUGUCAUGCUGAGGUCAAAAUGUUACUCCCUCCGUCCCAAA